AUGACCCUUUUCUAUGCUUUGUUUAUUUUCAUUUUCGACACGGAGAGUGAGCCAACGAUUGGAUGGGUUGGAUCACGACCAGGAGUCACAUGUCAUUACCGAACAGGACAAGUUCUGAAAAUUCCGACAGGAGCUUUAACACUCCCUGGAUGGUAUUUGAUUUGUUAUGUGAUGCCUGACGGAUGCCAAACAUGCAUAUUGGAUAUUUUGUGUGAAAAUGAGUUUAUGGAAGCUUGUUCUGACAAGUAUAUUCUAAGCUCUUCUCCAAUAUCUUCAAAUUCUUCCAUUGAUUAUUGGGUUCAAAUUGGCAAGAAGUUUCCUUUCGCUCAAUCUUCGAGUGUUGAGCUGAAUGUAAGGAACCAGCGAACAAAGAAGUUUGUAACCACAGAGCACAUGAAAGCACAGGUUGAUACGAUAACUAAUUUGACCAUUCAUGGCUUAGAGCCACAUGAGUUUUAUAAUGUUGAACGUUGUCUUCGUGUGAAACUACCUUUAGCACUCACAUCAGAUGCUCGAUUCACGUUUUCCGAUGACUUGAAAACCAAUGGAUCAACCUUCUGCUCAGAGGAAAUGUUCCGCACAUUACGUAACUCGUCUCAAAAUCCAUCAACAUUCCUACCUUUAGCCAUAAUUUUCUUUUUUUUUUCAUUCGGUGAUAACAUAGCUGGAAAGUGUGGUUUGUAG